UGGGCGCGGGGGGAGGCGCCGGCCGGCACCGCCGUUACGUAACCGCAGGCGGGUGGCGGGGUCUGCCUGCAGCCCCCGCGGGAGGACGAGCCACGAGUGCGGCCGCCCGCGGGGCAGCGCCCGCCCGGGGCCGCGGGAGUGGCAGGAAGAGGGGGCGCCGAGGGUCAUGCCGGAGCGAGAGGGGCUCCGCGCUGGCUGGGAGCAGGGGAGGCGGCCCGGAGGCAGCGGUCGAGACAAAGGCGGCGGCGGCGGGGUGCGCAGGCUGCCCUCGGCGGGCGCUGGUCUCGGGGCUGUGCUCUGGCAACUUGGGGCGCAGAGGGAGAGGGAAGAAAAUCCGUCGUCUGUCAGCCUGACCGCGGUAGCGAUCGUCUUCUAGUGUUACUAGAAGGAGCGCACAAAGAGAGCGGAUUUUUGUUUAUCUGGCGAAGCACAUCAGGAAAUUCCCUGCAAAUAAAUACUGUGAACUCUCUGAAGGAGGAGCUUAGCUGUGGAGUGAAAGCAGAGAAUUUUCUAGUCUUGACAAGAAACAGGAGGGAAAAACGUUGCUUUAAAGAAACCUGAAGAUGAGUGCCCACACGCAAACUGUGGAGAAAGGACAGAACACGACACUCCUGUGCCAGGAAAGCUAUGUUUGCAGUGGGACAGAUGAAGCAAUCUUUGAGUGCGAUGAGUGCAGGAGCCUGCAGUGCCAGCGUUGUGAAGAAGAGCUGCAUCAGCCAGAAAGGUUGCGGAACCAUGAACGGACCCGUAUAAGACCCGGCCAUGUCCCGUACUGUGACUCCUGCAAAGGUGCCAAUGGGAACAUAAUGCAUGCCAGUAUGACGGGCUCAAGGCAGAUAGCAGCAGUGAGGUGCCAGGUGUGCAAAAUCAACCUCUGUGUGGAGUGUCAGAAGAGAACGCAUGCUGGGGGGAACAGAAGGAAGCACCCUGUCACCGUGUACCAUGCUGGCAAAGCCCAAGAACAGGAAGAGGAGGAGGGGAUGGAUGAGGAGACCAAGAGAAGGAAGAUGACAGAGAAAGUUGUGAGUUUCCUCUUGGUGGAUGAAACUGAGGAGAUUCAGGUAAGGAAUGAGGAAGACUUUAUUAAGAAACUGGACUGCAGUCCUGACCAGCACCUAAAGGUAGUGUCCAUCUUUGGGAACACAGGGGACGGCAAGUCUCACACCCUUAACCACACUUUCUUCUAUGGCCGGGAAGUCUUCAAGACGUCUCCUGCCCAGGAGUCUUGCACAGUUGGAGUCUGGGCAGCCUAUGACCCUGUCCGCAAAGUGGUGGUCAUUGAUACAGAGGGCCUGCUGGGGGCCACUGUCAACCUGAGCCAGAGAACACGGCUGCUGCUGAAGGUCCUGGCCAUCUCUGACCUUGUCAUCUACCGUACUCGUGCUGACAGGCUCCACAAUGACCUCUUCAAAUUCCUUGGUGAUGCCUCGGAGGCUUAUUUAAAACAUUUCACCAAGGAGCUAAAAGCUACCACAGCUCGCUGUGGCCUAGAUGUUCCUCUGUCAACUUUGGGUCCAGGUGUCAUCAUCUUUCACGAGACUGUGUACACCAAGCUACUGGGCUCUGAUCAUCCUUCUGAGGUUCCUGAGAAGCUCAUUCAGGAUCGGUUUCGGAAGCUAAGCUGUUUUCCUGAGGCUUUCAGCUCAAUUCACUACAAGGGAACAAGGACAUACAAUCCUCCAACAGAUUUCUCUGGGCUUAGGCGAGCUGUGGAGCAGCAGCUGGAGAACAAUACUACUCGGUCACCUAGACAGCCUGGGGUUAUCUACAAAGCACUAAAAGCUCUAAGUGACCGGUUCAGUGGGGAGAUCCCUGAUGACCAGAUGGCUCACAGCUCUUUCUUUCCAGAUGAAUAUUUUACGUGCUCCUCUGUGUGCCUCAGCUGUGGGUGUGGCUGUAAGAAGAGCAUGAACCAUGCAAAGGAAGGAGUCCCUCAUGAAUCCAAAAGUCGAUGCAGAUAUUCUCACCAGUAUGAUAACAGAGUCUACACUUGCAAGGCCUGUUAUGAACGAGGGAUGGAGGUCAGCGUGGUGCCAAAAACCUCUGCUUCCACAGAUUCCCCUUGGCUGGGCCUUGCCAAGUAUGCCUGGUCAGGGUAUGUGAUCGAGUGCCCCAACUGCGGGGUGGUGUAUCGCAGCCGGCAGUACUGGUUUGGCAACCAAGACCCUGUGAACACUGUAGUGAGGACAGAAAUUGAGCAUGUCUGGCCAGGGACUGAUGGAUUUCUGAAAGACAACAACAAUGCAGCCCAGCGUUUGUUGGAUGGCAUGAAUUUCAUGGCUCAGUCAGUAUCUGAACUUAGCCUGGGACCCACAAAAGCUGUGACCUCCUGGUUGACAGACCAGAUUGCCCCAGCUUACUGGAGACCCAACUCUCAGAUUCUGAGUUGUAAGAAGUGCAACACGCCUUUCAAAGAUAACGACACAAAGCAUCACUGCCGGGCCUGUGGAGAGGGCUUCUGUGAUGGCUGUUCUUCCAAGACCCGUCCAGUGCCUGAGCGAGGCUGGGGACCAGCACCAGUGCGCGUGUGUGACAACUGCUAUGACAACAGGGGCAUCCAGUUAGAUGUGGCUGAACUGCCUUCAGAUGAGGAAGGGGGUACACUUAUUGCCAGGAAGGUGGGCGAAGCUGUGCAAAACACGCUUGGAGCGGUGGUGACAGCCAUGGACAUUCCCUUAGGUCUGGUAAAGGAUGCUGCCCGACCUGCAUACUGGGUACCAGAUCAUGAAAUCCUGCACUGCCACAAUUGCCGGAAGGAAUUCAGUAUCAAACUCUCCAAGCACCACUGUCGGGCCUGUGGCCAGGGAUUCUGUGAUGAGUGCUCACAUGACCGCAGGGCGGUUCCCUCUCGCGGAUGGGAUCACCCAGUCCGAGUUUGCUUUAACUGCAAUAAAAAGCCUGGUGACCUUUAACCCCAGGCUGCUCUCCAGAUCUUUGCAAUUCCUUAUGUUCUCAGGGUUACAAAUGAAAAUAUCUGGUCUCCCUUUCACCUUCUAACCUGUUGCAGCCAGAGUGCAUGUUUCCAGUUUCUGGCCUCCUCUUGUGUUAUAUCCAUCUUGGAACACUGGGAAUGAGCUUACAUUCAGCCUCUAGGUUUUAAUUUCAAAUUAACUGGGAAAGGGAGGGAGCUCCCUUGCAAAUGAGCAACCCAAAAUCCAGUGUAUUUUAUUCCAAUUUAAAAAAACCCCAACUAUAUAUAUAUACAUAUAUAUAUAUCAACUAUGUAUAAUUUAGUAUAUUAAGAAUAUGGUUGAAUAUGAAGCUUUGAGUAUUCCUAGUUCAAAUGAUGGAUGGUGGUGUUCCUUACUGUAUUGGAUCAGAAUUAUGGCCUUCUAAUUCUUCUUUUGGAAUGUCUUGCUGAUCGUGAUGUCCUGUGAGGAAGGUUUGAACUCUGUGCUGCCUGGAAUCUCCAGUGUUGCUUUAUGAAUUACACCUGGUAGUUCACCUGGUAGCCAACUCUGCAUCUAGAGGUGCUGCCCUUCUGGCCAUGGAAAAUUAAACCCAGAUUUAUUAACAAGUUUGUUUGAACUGUGAUAUGAGCAAUGGUCUUGCAGUGCAAGAGGUAUCAAGUUAACACAGACUCCCUGGCAGAGACCGGUAGAGCUCUGAAAGGUAAAGCAAAUCCUACUGGCAGGAGGGAAAGCAUUCUGAUCUUGCCAUUUCAACUUCAAUACCAGAUCAAGAGGUAGCAGGGUUUUUCUCUCCCUGACAAUGUUUUCAUGUACUCAGGUUUUCUUCAAGGUUCUCUGCAAGAUCAUUGCAGUUAAAAGUUUUGUGCGGAGCAGAAGAGAACAAGUUUUGUAGGCAAUUCUGAGAUACAAAGUUUGAGUUGUUUGGGUUGUGAUGACUUUCCUUUCCCCCCAUUUUUUAAGUGAUCCUAUAGUCUCUGAAGCCUCUGUGUUCUCAGAUAUGGUUGCAUAGAAACUGCACAGAUUUGACUUACUUUCUUCUAAUAAUAUGAACUUACAAAUCAGCCUGGAAAAUGGGAACCUUUCUUCUUUGCUCCUAGCAACUGGCACUCACUGGACUCAUCCUUUUACGAAAGGACUGCAAUGAAUUCACUGGUAUUAUUAUGAAAAGCACCACUUAACCUAACUUAUACUGUCAUGUACUGUGGAUUUGUGGUUCCACUUAUAAGAAGUAUGAGACCAUUGUGGAUUAAACUGCCUAAAAUUCUCCCUUCUUGGCUUACAUAGACAAAAAUUCUUUCACCACAUGAGAGUUGCCUCCUCUUGGAGUGGCUGGAGUUUAAUGCAGUGUCCUGCAACUGUGGUAUUUUUUCCCCAUCUUAUUAAACGUGCUCUUGUGUGAUGAGAUGCCCAAAACCCUGUUUUAAGACUGUGUUAUUAAAUUAACUGCUAUAAAGAACUUUAUCUUCUGAACAAGUGUACUGACUUUCCUUGCAACAAGCGGUUCUCACUUUGUCUCUGAAAGACCAUGCUCACAAAGUGUUUGUCUCUUCACACCUACAUCCAGCCUACACAAGGAAGUAGACUUAGAAGAUGUUCCAGGACACCUUCGGUACUGGCCAAGUUUACUGCGGACUGUCUUAUGUUUUUGUAAGCAAAAGUCUGCCAUAAACUUACUGUUGUCCAAGUAAGGGCAUGAGUAGGUAGAAAUCCUCUCUUAAAAGAUAUUCUGUACAUCUAGCAUAAUUCUGUGCUUCAAAGUAUUCUUUAUUUUUUUAAUGGGUGAGCAAUGUGUUCUUGGUUUGUAGGCUGUGCCCUGUGUGCUGUUUAUGCAUGUAACUUUACUACCAUGUUAAUGCACAAAGAGAAAGCAGCCAUGACAUUCCUUGUAUAAAAUCUUUGGCAUCUGUUUCAACAA